AUGUUCAGUGACGCCUCCCAGAGGGCCUGGGGAGCAGUCUUGGUUAAAGAUGGCCUACGCCAGCAAAUACGAGAUUAUUGGAUCGACCUUGAAGGUGAUAUCAAUACCCUUGAGGCCAGGGCUUUGUGUAACGCUUUGAGCUCUUUUUUUUUCCCUUCUAUCAGAAACGCAAGAAUCGAUGUGUGGACGGACAACGCGACUCUCCGAGCAGCCUGGGAAAAUGGCGGUUGUAGGAGUUCUCUGGUGAAUCAGGAGUUGAAAAAAAUAGAAGAAAUGUCUCGAGCAGGAAACUUUGUUUUGCAUUUGAAAUAUGUCCCAUCGAGUGAAAACAUUGCUGACGCGCCCUCCCGUGCUCUGACUGACAUUGAUUGUUCUUUGUCCGAGGAGGCGUGGGCCCGAGUUCAAGCGCGGUUUGGACCACACAUUUGACUUGAUGUCUUUGGACAGCAACUGUCGCAGAGGAAGGGAUGGGAGCUUUUUGCCUCAUUACUCGCCUUGGCCGACUCCGUGUUCUCUGGGCGUUAAUGUUUUCGCACAACCGAUACCAAUGGAACAUAACGUCUAUGUCUUUCCCCUUUCGUUCUCGUGGGACCGUUGCUGCGGUACUUUUUGAUCAGCGCCAGCGUUUCGCUUUUACCAUCGUUGUCCCUCGUUUCCGCCCGCAUCGCUAUUGGUGGGCAAUACUCCAAGCAAUGGCAGUAGAUUCUUUUCUUCUUGGGCGGAAAGGUGACUCGGCCAUGUUGCUUUUCCCUUCCCGCACCUCCCCCGAUUUCAUUGCAAGGCCCUUGCCUUGGGAUCUGUGGGUUUUUCGUUGUGUCUGCUCCUGGUAAGCUAGGUAUUUAUGCUUGUCUCUAUAGAUCGAACGCCCAUGGAAGCCUGCCUGCCGAUGUCCCGCCUGCUCUUAUCCAAACGACAGUGACGCGAACUUUUGCCAGGCCUGCGGUACACCCCUGUCGCGUGAGCCACCGCAAGGGACCCGUCCACAUGCGGACAUGCCUUUGAUCAACAAGCGCUUUACAGAGUUCCAAGAAUCGUAUAGGAACAAACCUUAUGAACGGCAAAAGGACUCUUUAGAAGUUCAGCUGUCGAGUUUCUUGUGCUCUCUUGUUCCCCGAAGAAAGUUUCUGCUGCAACCGCGGAAGACAUCGUAA